CAACGUUGAAUUCAUAUUUUUCCUGGCAUUUCAAGCGUAAUAAAAUUUCCAAAAUUUAACUUACGACAUUUCCAAGAUGUCCGAUUCACCUGUGUGACCUUUUAAUUGGCAGAAUUGAAGAGCUCCGCAACGCGUAGGAUCCAUGCAAUUUUACAUCCACCUUUUUCGCCAGUUAAUUAUCCGCCGCAUUUACUUAGAGCUUUUUUACGAAAAGACAUCCCCUUGGUGGAGUUCACGCAUUGAAUACGCAAGCGAAUGUAUUUCUAUUUUUAUCUCAUCAAAGGAUUUGCUCUCAAUGAUACCGGCGUUGGAUUGCCCCACAUACAUCUCGGCUGCCUGUCGUCCAGCAUACUGUCGCGUCAAUGCGAAGCAAUUAGGAUAUUUUCCAAUCUAGCUCCGAUCAAUUUUAUCUCCUCGUUCAAUAUACCUCUCGCGUAAAUUUAAAAGCAUUCGAAAAUUAAAAUCUUUGCUAAUUCAUCAAUGGAGAUUGAGACAUGACAAAAUUAAUAAAUUGAGACAUGACAAAUUAAUAUUUCGAUUAGCAGGAAAUAUCAAAUUGAUUGGUAAUAUUUUCUAAUCAGUCGUUUUGAUCUAUCCGUGCAUAUAGGUAACAAAGAGGAGGCGUUCGUUAAAUUGCUUCUCCCGCGUCCUUGUAUUUCUUCGCGAAUUCUUCUCGACCGCCGAGCUUGCGCCGCUCCGGAUGAAAAGCGCGGUGGGGGAUUGCAUGCAGCAGCCACCGGCUGUCGGAAAGAUGAGAGUCGCCGGUGAUGUGCUUGUGCGGAGGCCUCGCGGAGGACAACGCUAGGAUCAUCCUCCUUGCCGUUGUCCUGACAGCGUACAUGCUCGCAGGCGCGGCCCUCUUCCAGAGACUAGAGAGUGAUCUCGAAAUACGGCAGGCCACGGAAUUCUGGCAGGUAUAUCACGCAUUUCGAAGACACCACCUGCGAGGUAGCCCCCUGGCCUUGCAGAGGCUGCACGAGCUCUUGUAUGCCUACGGCAACGCUUCCGCUACCGGUGUCAUUAACAAGAGACGCCGCUGGGACUUUCCCGGUAGCUUUCACUUUGUCGGCACCAUAGUUUCUACUAUCGGAUACGGGAGCACCGCGCCGCAGACAACGGCCGGGAAAGCAGCUGUCGUUCUUUAUGGUUUCUUCGGUUGUUCCGGUGGUAUCUUGUUCUUCAAUCUCUUUCUGGAGAGAAUCAUUACUCUCCUGGCGUGGAUCUUGCGCAGCUGGCACAUACAUCGGCUGAGAAGACGUCUACGCAAGACUACGUUGACAUCCCGGCGAAUUUCCAAAACGUCGAGCACUCAAAAACCAUCUCUGCCAGAUAUCCUCGACGACGACGAUCAUGUGGAUCUAGAUCAGUGGAAACCGAGUGUAUACUGGGUCAUGUUUUAUUUAUCCAUCACAUCCUGCAUCAUUGCCUGUUGUGCCGCAGGGCUUUACACGCUGUUGGAGGAUUGGAAUUACUUCGACGCUUUGUACUUCGCCUUCACUAGUUUCACUACUAUUGGUUUCGGCGAUUUCGUCAGCACGCAAAAGCCGAAUUAUCCUUAUGUACAUUGGUAUAGAUUCGCAAAUUUCGUCUUCCUCGUGGUGGGAUGCUGCUGCAUAUAUUCUUUACUGAAUGUCACGUCGAUCGUGAUAAAGCAAGGUCUAAAUUACGUGAUACACAAGCUGCAAUACGGCAAUCGGAAUCUAGCAGCGCCGUAUUUACCGAGGAGGCAGUCCUCCGUGUCGACCGCAUACUACUCAAAGAGGAGACCAACGAGGCUCGUCGCUAGAGACUCAAUUAGAGCGGAAGAUAAUUCAGAAAUGCCACGCAGGAUGUCGGGCGAGCUGAUCUCCAUGAAAGAUUUCUUGUCCGCGAAUAAAGUCUCGCUGGCUGUGAUGCAGAAGCAGCUGUAUGACGCCGCGCAGAAGAGAAGGGGUGGAGGAUCACUCGUUGCCACGCCGAAUCAUCAGGUGUUGAAGCCCGGAGCGGUUGGCCCGCUUGCAAUUGCUAGCGAAAAAUUUGAAAGCAAAAGAUAAAACUUACCUUGCUGGCAUACUGUUUAUGGCACCACUGACAACCUUGAGGACUAGUUGU